CCCACAGUCCUGCUUACAGUCCACAGCUGUAUUACGGUCCUUUCUCCUCGUGUUCUCUCUUCUCCAGCAGACAGUCAGGCAUCAUGUUUUUCAACCAAGGCUCUUCCGCUGGUUCUAUGGUGAGGCAGACCCGCAGCUACACAUCCAGUGCUGCUCCCCACAAGGCCCACAGCGUGUCAGGCUACAGCCUGAGACAAGGCCCCCGCAUCUCCUCUACUCAAGUCAGAACCGUGUCCUCUGGGUAUGGAGGUGGCAUGGGGAUGGGGAUGGGAAUGGGGAUGGGGAUGGGGAUGGGCAGCGGUGGCGGGUUUGACCUAACUAAUGCCCUGGAUCAGAGUGCCGUGCAUCUGAAUGAGAAAGCCACCAUGCAGAACCUGAAUGACCGUCUGGCCUCCUACCUGGAGAAGGUCCGCUCUCUGGAGGCCGCCAACGCCAAGCUGGAGAAGCAGAUCAGAGAGUACUACGAGCAGAAGGGCCCUGCAGCAGAGAGGGACUACAGCAACUACUGGGCCAUUAUCAACGACCUGAAAGACAAGGUAGAGUGAGCACCGGCUCAACUGUUUAAACACCUGACAAGUCAAAUGUUUGCUGUGUUAAUGAUUGUCUAAGGAGGGUUUUAAGCGGGUAGGACAUUAAGGUCAUAACUAAAGCCUGCAUGAUCCACUGUGUCCCUGAAUCCUUGCAUAGAUCAAUAAAGAUGAUAAUCAUUUGCAAAAGCUCAAAAUAACCUGUUGUCUGUAUGGAAAUGUUGUGUGUGGUAACUGACUCAUGGUUGUAGCUGAGAAAGAUUGAGGAAGUAAGCGUGUGUAAUUUCAGACAUAAGCUCUGUAAUUGAGACUUCUGCCUUCUGAAACUUUUCUCCUUAUCUUGAAGAUCGCUGCCGCCACCAUCGGCAACGCCAACAUCCUGCUCCAGAUUGACAACUCCAAACUGGCUGCUGAUGACUUUAAAACCAAGUAAGCUGAAAUCUGCGUAGAUACGUCUUCUGUCCUUGCUCCUUGUCAGAGUCAAAUAAAGAGGUGAGGGAUGUAAAUGACUUAUGUUUUCUCCAACUCUCCAAUCCAAUCAGAUUCGAGCAUGAGCUGAUGAUGCGCCAGUCAGUCGAGGCCGACAUCGCCAACCUGCGCCGCCUGCUUGACCAGACCACCCUUACUAAGGCUGACCUGGAGAUGCAGAUCGAAAGCCUGCAAGAUGAGCUGGCCUACCUCAAGAAGAACCACGCAGAGGUGACAAACACGCAUCCUCCAGCUUUGAUGAUUACAGCUCAAGAUGACGAUAUGAAACCGGCUUUAUUACAACCUUAGCAUGGUUUGAAACUCUGCAACUAUGUUUAAAAGUGAUUUUUUCCACCCUUGGUUGUACAGGAACUGGCAGCACUGCGCUCUCAGCUCACUGGCACAGUCAAUGUGGAGGUAGAUGCUAGACCUCAGCAAGACCUCAACAAAGUUCUGGAAGAGAUGCGCGCCCAGUAUGAAUCCAUCACUGACAAACACCGCCGUGACCAGGAGGCCUGGUUUGCAGAGAAGGUAAACAGAGGCACCAUAUCCCACAUGUUGCAAAUGAAUGUGUUUACUCCCUCAAGAGCCUAACCUGUAAUUAAACAUAAUCUCCUGUGAAAAUGAGCUGUGCAGUCACCAAGAUUUCUUCUUCUUUCACAACUAUGUUCAUGCUCUAGUCCACAACGCUGUCCAAGGAAGUCGCUAUCAACACAGAGACAAUCCAGACGUCCAAAACAGAGAUCGGUGACCUGCGGCGCACACUGCAGGGCCUGGAGAUUGAGCUGCAGUCUCAGCUCAGCAUGGUGAGAAAAAAAAAAAAAUCAACCCAAAACAUCUGUUCAUAACUCACUGAUCUUGCCUUAUAUGAGCAAAAUUCCCGGAUCGCUGUCUUGUCAGGGGAAAUUGAGAAACAGACAGUAAUAGAGGGCAAAAGUCCAAAAGGGAGGUUUUAAAGGAGUCUUUACAGGGAGAGGGAGAGAAAGAUAGGAGUGAUCUGGGCUGUGGUGAGGAGAGAGAAGGCUCAUACUGAAGAAAAGUUUUCACAGACAUCUGCUUAAACUCUGGAAGACAUAAAAAAGCCUGAAGAAAGUUGAAGGAAUGUUGAACUGUUUGACCUAAAAGUCAUACCACUGUGGAUUAUACGUGCCCAGCUGCACUUCAUCAUUUAACAUUCCCCGCAGAAGGAGCUCUCUGCUCCUGUACAACAAUGGAGAGGUAGCUAAAAGCACAUGCAUUCAGAGUCCUGUAUGCUUCUCCUUUUUAUGCCUUCAUAAAGGAGGGGGUUAUGCUAUACAAACACAGACAUGCUUUGUGUCUGGCAUAUAUAAUCCAGGGUGUGGAUGGUGGUUUCAGACUGCAGUGAGCAAUUAAAAGGUUUACUUCAGUAAUCUCGUUGCAAGUAUGAGGAGCUCACUAUUUCUGAAAUAACCUUGUUACUUUUAUACCUCCUCUCAACCGCAGAAAGGAGCGCUAGAAAACACACUGGGAGAGACGGAGGCCCGGUACAGCGCUAUGCUAGCAGGUUUCCAGAACACAAUCAACAUGCUUGAAGGGGAACUCGCCAACGUGAGAGCUAGCAUCGAGCAGCAGGGCCAGGACUACAGGAUGCUCCUGGACAUCAAGACCAGGCUGGAGCAGGAGAUCGCGACCUACAGGAGUUUGAUUGAGACAGAAGAGUCCAGGUAGAUACACAAAUAAAGGGACCAGAAUGCACUUAUUCAUUUGUAAAACACCAUACAUUCCCACCUAACUCUAUUUCUCCACUUUCUUCUGCUCUCUCUGUCUCUUGUUUUAGACCCAUUGGCUCAGGUAAGGGACAUUAUUUUUAACAUGGCAUUACAUAACACAUGGAGCAGUCAGUAAAGUGAAAGUCUGAGGCACUCCCGUCAUAAUUUUUCCCUCUUUUUUUUACAGGGGGCUCAAAAACCACCGUCACAAGCACCACUGUGCGCACUUCCAGCUAGGGAGGCCAACCGGCAGGACAUGCUGUUCUCAGACACACGCACACACGCACAAACACACACACACACUAUCUGACCAAUAAAGCUGUUACAAGAGAUGACUGAAACUAUGCUGAAAAGACUGUGAGAAGUUGAAAAUGAAGCCUGAGUAAAGUUAAGUGAGGAGGAAUGUUUUUGAAGCAGAAGAAGAAAUGCCUGACUUCUUGUGUGUUUUUGUGUGGGUGUGUGUGAACCGUCUGCAAAAAUAAAACAGCUGGUGAAUACAACUUGUGUCGUUUGGUGACUUCACUGGUGGGUUACAGCAGAAAAAUGGAGGGUUCAUAUCUUUUACAAUAACAUCCCUCUGUUUUUACAGUUGUCAUGGCUACUGCAUUACAUUUUGGGAGGUGGGGUAUGGAGUUACGGAAAUCUGUGUUACGUAACGGGGCUGUUGUCAGGAAAAAGGGUGAACAAUGGAUAACAGGCCUGCAGUGGAAAGCAUUAGGAGUCCGAGAAAAGACCCCUCAGAAAGUAGCAUUAAACCUCAUGGUCUUCACGCUCAAGAGGAGCAAAAAUAACUAGAACAAAAGUGCAAACUGUUUGGACACUUGAAGUAUAUGACCUUAAAGUUUGCCUGAAGAUGUUUUUUUUAAACAAGACACACCCAAAAUUGUUGACUAAUCUUUGCCCUGGAGGCUUUCAACAUAGUGUAACGUGAAGUCUGUCUAGCUCCUGUCACCUAGUAACAAGAAACACACAGCUUAGGAUAGAAAUACUGAGAGGGAGCGCAAACACUGACUAACCGAACAAAGACAGUCAUUGUGGAAACAGGUGUUAUCUGUGACUGUGCGGCUCUUUGGCCUCGUCCAGUGAUUGAUGGCAAGUGACCAAUGCACUGUUAUGAUUAAGUGUCACACAGGGUGGAGCUCCUCUCUCCCAGUGGUGGCUUAAUUUAUGUUUGGUGAGAAAGAGAGAGGCAGGAAAUUGUUAUGAUUAUGAGGUGUGUGCUUGUGUGUGAAGAGAGGAGGAGAGGAGAGAGAGAUCUGAGCCUGUUUGCUCUCUACAGGUCAGCAGUUACAGCCUUUGAAAUCACAGUGAAAUCCUGUUAAAGUUCAUCAUUCUUAGUUGAUGGUGUAAUGUUAGUUUUGGAGAAGAGAGAUUAUCUAGGGGAUCAGAUCGCCAAAUGCAACCUCCCCUCCUGAGCAGCUUUACUCACCCAUAUUUGGACCCAUAUCUUGCACAUCAGCGUCUCCUCCACACUGUUGUAAUGAUCGUCUAUGACAAAGCCUUUCCAGUUGAGCUUGUAAUAGGCUGUGACAUGAAAACCCAGAGCAGAGGUCAUAAAAAGAUGUUACCUUAACAUCAGAACAGAUCAGUGUUUAAUGGCCAUGGCCUGUUGAGAGCCAACUGUGCAUCAUUGAACCUACAAGUAAACUAAAGCCAAACUUUAUUGUCCAUUAUGCUGCUCUUUUUACACUGUACUGUGCAUGGUACAUUGACCAAGAAGAGCUACGGUGUAAAUGCAAGCGGGCACCUAAUAUGGACAGAAAUGUCCAGACAGAACAACUCCUUAUUAAGUCGUAAACCAGUUUUGCAUUACUGAUUACACUCCAUGCAUCAGAAAUCUCAGACUUGGACGUAUAAUGCUGUCAGCAAAGCCACUUCAAUUGAACAUACUCAGAAUUAAAUACAUAAUCUACAAGCAAAAUUAAAGUGAUGGAGUGAUCAACAUGUUAAAAAAAUAUUUAAUUUUGUUUAUUUCAGAGAGUCAGAUGAGGAGUUGAUACCACUCUUAACACAAAGAUGGGGUCAAAAGACAUUAGCUUAGUUUAUCAUGGAGACCAACACCGAGGGGAUGUGAUAGCAUUAAAUAAAAUGUCACAAAACUAAAAUUACCAGUUUUAUCCUCACACAGUGUCAAAACAACUUAGGAAAAUAUUGACCAAACUGCACAUUUUAUAUGAUUCGUUGUUCCCAGCGCAAACAUUUUAGAUUAGGAGGUAUUAAAGCUCUUGUCUGGUUAUAAAAUGGUCUGAAAUGAAGAGUGAUGACUCGUUAUGGCUAGGCUGAAACCAGACAAUAUCAUUAACAUACAACUUAAUAAUCCUGAGGCCUGUAACUGCUUUUCUCAGUGUCAGCAACUGUUGUCAUGGGGUAGGUGAUAUUAACAAAGUCAUAAAUGGCAUGCUUUAAAGCUCCAGGAAGUAGUUAGUAUUAUUACUAUUUUAUUAUUAUUUUAUUUUAAAUAAGAUAGACUGAGAUUCCUUUUGAUGCGUUUUUGCAAUAUCCAAAAGCAAUCGAAAAUAUAUUUGACAACAUUGGCAAUACAGAUAUGCCUGAAACUGGUGUGAGGGGGUAGGUGUCAGCCAAUCAGCCAAAGAAAUACCCUGGUUUUGAAUUUCCACAUAAAAUAUUCACAAAAAUGAUUCAUUUGAUUGUCAAAAGUUGACAGAAUGGUAUAUAUUUUUUAAAGGCACUACUUAGGCAUGUGGAGGACAAAAUAAGUAAAAUUUACUUUGUUUGCACAAACCAAAAGUUCCACACAGGAGCUCUAAUUUGCAUUUUCCACAAGAAAACUUCUUGAUGAGUGGCAUGUUUGACAGUUUAAUGAAAAAAAGGUGUGAGCGGUAUUUAAAAUCAGAAAGACAAAAUCAUUGAAGAGGAUACAAAAACUGAUAUUAUUAUUAGAUACUGAAUGAUCUUCAAAACCAUAAUAAAGCACUCAGUACCUCAUCUUCUAGGUUUGAUAAAUGAAAUGGCAGAGUAGGUUGUGUUUUCGUGAAAGCUUUGGCUCAUUAUAGAUGGAUUAUAGGAACAUGUGGGGACAGCCUGUGUUUGUUUAUGUAACUGACAUAAUGGUGAUAAAAUUUUUACGCUGAGUUUUGUAAAAGGUUGCUAACCGUCUUGCCAAAAUACCUUGAAGUGGGAGCGGUUCGACGCCAAUUUGUUGCGGUUCGAAAAGGCAUUUUAAUAAACUGUCAUUGUACGCCAAUUAUAUGUGAGGAAAUGAUGGUUAAUGAUGGAUUAAUUUGAUAGGGAGGUGAAAGGAAGACAAACAAGAAAAGCAAGAAACCUGACACCCAGCAGCACUUCAGCUAUUAUUUGUAGCAUGAAUAGGCAGCCUGUCUGCACACGGUCGCUCAAAGUGAUAUGAUCGGAAGCUGUGCCAAGCUGUCAACAGUCGGUUCUGUAUUUUGUCUCGGUUCUGGCUGUUUGCCAUCUGACACUAGCCUGAAGCUAGCAGAGUGAAAUCACACAGAAAAAGAAGAUGUUACUCACUGAUGUCAUGAAAUACUUGACUUAGGUCAGUUCACUUCAGUUCAAUUGAUGAAAGUUCACAAGAACAAAAAAGCAAGACUUUCUUUGAUACUUAAUGCCGAAGCUGUUGAAGCGACAAGGACUUUCCCACCAGACGCUUGUCCUGCGGCUAGACGCCUUGGCUGUAAACAGUAAAUCAAAAGUUCAUGACAAGUUCUUAUGUGUAGUUAGACUCAGAAGUACAAUAGGUUGCAUGAUUAAAGGAAACGUAUUCGGAAGUUUGGAAUUUUCCUGAGAAAGUUGAAACCAUGACGCUAUAUGCAAAGCUAGCAAGUGAUUACAGAUUAGCUGGUAAAAAAAUUAACCCGGGGUUAUUUUUACACAGAAUGAGAUCAAACAUAGACUGUAAAUACUAUGGACAAUUUGGUUCCGCCUUCUGCCAGUAAACAGAUAUGAAGCUGAAAAGCUCUCGGUAUUUCUGCGAUUUUUCUCCAUUUCCUGAAACUAAUAUUGCACAGUAGCAUUGUACGCUAAGAGUCGCUUUGAUGACGCUCGGCUCAAUUAGCGUAUCCUCCGGGUGAGCUAUGCAAUCUUCGUAUGCCCAUAGGCUGUAUCAGGUGUCAAUCAUAGAAAACAUGAACCCCCUAAUAACUUUUAAAAACUGAGCUGUACAGAGAAAAGAGGACUUGAGCACAAACCAGUCUUACAGUAACUACAUGUCAACAGCUCAAGCCGGGGGGAGAAAAAAAUAUGUUCUGUGUAAUAAAUUUCUAAAGUUUUUCCACAGCUCCGUAGGCUUUGCUGUCAGAGGCAAGAUUUAUUUACCUGUACUGCAGCCCGUCACCAGAGGGUGCUGUUCUUGUGGUGGCUUCACUCAGCGAGGAGGCAGACGCUGUCCAUUCUAUAUACAGUCUAUGGAUAUAAUAUUAACAAGUGUUGAUGCUAGGUGGACCAUUUUUCUCCUUCGAGUUAUUAUAUUGAGCUAAGCUAACCUGCUGCUGGUAGUAGCUUUGCAUUUAGUGUGUGCGUGUAAAAAUGUGUACCAAUUUAUUUAUCCUAUUAUCUGCAAAAAGAGUGUCAAAUCUCCCCAAACUGUAACUAUCUAUCACUGCACACAGGCUGAAUCACCCAGAGGUUUUAAUGAAUUAAUCCCAGCAGUGUUGAAGUCUUAUCAGUGGAAUUCACUUGCAGGAUGUGGGUCUGUUGUGUUUCAAAGUGGACUUUUACCAUAUCACAUCAAGCCUUCAUAUCAGUGAAAUGUUUGGUUUUGUAUUAGUCAUAUCUGCAACAAUUUGACUGGAAGCUGACGCCCUUAUCAGCAGGAAUGUCUUAUGUUUCAGGGUCAAGAAGUCCAUUAAGAGGCUGGAAAGAGACGGAGCAGUGUUCACUCGACUGGCCGACUCUAUUCUGGAGCGGUGUUAGGUUUUACACACAGGCUGAGAGGAAUGCACUGUAUGGCAUCAGACCUCACUGUGAAAGUUUUCAAACUGUGCUCAGCUGCAGGGGAGGUGCUGGAACAUUUGAGAGGUACAGAGUGGAACAAGACCACAUACACUUCAGGGGCUGACAGGCCCGGCCAAGCAUGAGAUAGAUGUGAGUUUUCCUCCAUUUGCACUGCUGUGAAUUUGUUCUCUUGUCCAAUCAAGAGCAGCCUCUGACAGUCUUUUAACACCACAAAACAUUUUCACUGACAGUGUCGUCUCCUGUGCAGUUUAGGACAGCUCUAAGAUGGGGGUUUAACAGGUAGGGCUGGUUUAAGGAAUCACACCCACCACGCAGUUUGAAGAUCCUGCAGACCAGGAUGGAUUACAGCAGCUUAGCAGCAGUGCGUCUGUUGUUAUACAAAGAAACAGUUUCAUCCUGUAGCAGCUAAAGUCAAAGUGAUGGUGGCUAGCUGGAGUUUGUGUUUAAAGACAUACGAAUGUAUUAAAUCCCAAAGAAGAUGCAGAGAAUAACCACACAAGGAAAGAGCAGUUGAUCAAAACCAUGCUGAGGCAAAGUGAGGCAGAUUUUCCCUGCUAAACUGCUGCUGACUAUGAACAUGUGUUAUGAGUCUGACUUUCCAGGUUUGGCUGUGUGUAAAGGUGCCUUAGAGGCUGACAAUAAAUUUCAACAAAGGUGCAUUCAUUGCAUCCCAGUAGUAAUAACUAACUCAGUGCUCUGAUUACUGAUGCCAGGCAGCGGAAAAACCUCAAAAUCAGCAGAAGUACAGCAGCAGCACUCAUUACUGAUCAGAACAUCAGCUUUAACAGUCAGGUCAUUUUGGCCUCAGACGUCAGUGGACAACUCCCUUUUUCCUCUGAAUGCUGCAAGACUGCCCCCAAGUGAUGCUCGAUUUAGAUAUUAUAUAAGAAAGACAUUUGACAUCUUGUGACAGUUAAAAACCUCCAUGUGGUUUAUAACAUCACGAUCGCAGACACUUUCAGACUCACUUUCUCAAUAUUUAGGCAAUUCACAGAGACUUUGUUUAUCUCUUGUGUGGAUUAAAUAAAUUCAGUACAGAUGUUUGCUCAAAGUUUAAGGACUGCUAUAUUUAGAAAAUGUGUAUGUGCUUUGAAAUCUUAUGUAACGCAGUUACUACAGGGAGGGUAGAAAUAAUCUGGACAGCCUUACAACUAAUUCAACCCCCAGAGAGAAGUUUCAGCACUGCAGAUUUCAACAAUGACUGGAGUUAAUACAUCUCAAUAAAUACAUCUCAUUCCACUUUACCUGAGACAACAUUAGAAUGAACUUCUCAGUGUUGCACUCUGCUGCCAGCUCUGAGUUUACUCUGUCAGAGAAGUAUCAUAUUUUUGAUCCUCUAAACUCUCGGACACUAGAAAACUUAAAAUCAACUCUGCAGCCUGAAGUUGACUUUUUUUUGUUUUACAACACUGCCAUCUUGAGGACAGGGGCAGUAAUGAUCGUCUUAAGUACCCAACUCCUGAGCUGCAAAUCUGGUUCCAAAUAAGUCUGUCUUUUUUUUUUAUCUUGGAUUUAACUGAAAAUACAGGGGCAAAGACUUUUGCUACAACUAAACAAAGAAAACAAUCAUUGUUUUAUUUAAAAAAAAAAAAAAAAAAAAAAAACAUGCUCCUUAUUUAUAUUUGAUGCUAACAACAUUCCAAAAAAAAAAAAAAAAGUUGGUAGCUACAGGGAAAAAAAAAAAGAAAAAAAGUUAUGUUUCACUUAAAAAACACAAGGAAAUAUCUUUAAUUUGUUAAUUUACAAAUAGCAAGAAACCUUGAGUGGGUAUGCAAGGGGCCAAUAGUCUCUUAGAAGUAAAGAUAGGAAGAGGAUUAUUGCUCUUUAAGAGAUUGCAUUAAGAUAAUAGUCCAGCAGUUUCAGAAUAAUGCUUCUCAGCGUACAUACAUAUUAUUGACAGAUUCAGAGAAUCUGGAGAAAUCCCUGCGCAAAGAGAUAAGGCCAAAACCUAACACUACAUUGCUGUGAUUUUGGUGGCAUUAGAUUUAAAAGAUAUAUCUCUGCAAUGGAAAUCACCUCCAAAAUCCCUGUCUGUGAAUAACAUUUUCCCCCGUAUCCAUACAGGAUGGCCAAAAAUGUACAACACAAAUAAGAAACCACAUAUAAGCGUGAUCUACAAAAGCUGCCACCCCAACUCACAGGGCCCAAACUCAUGUUACACAGACUGAGACAAAAAGGCAAACUAUCCGUCUGAACAAUCAAAACCUGACUUUUUGGGGGGGAAGUCUUGGACACUGUGUCCUCUGCUCUAAAAGAAAUGGGGGACAACCAGACUUUUUAGUAGUGCACAGAACCUGUGACAGCAUGGAUUGUAUCAGAAACACAUCUGAAAGUAAUGCUGAACAACAUACACGGGUUUCGAAUCAUAUGCUCGUACGUAUUUCAGCAAGAAAAUGUCAGACCACAUUCUGCAUGUAUAAUAACAGCAUAGCUCAGUAAUAGAGGAGUCUAGCUGUUAAACUGGCUUGCCUGCAAUCCCGACUUGUCAGCCUUUGACGUAUUUGGGCAUCCUGAAAUGGAAAAGAUGACAGCUGAAACCCUGAACUGCUGGGCAGCAG